AUGGCAUCAUCUUCUACGUCCAGUUCCAGUUCCGCCUCGUCGCAGUCGGCGUCGCGUCCGAGUUCGUCCCAUGUCAUUCCCGGAUCUGCCGACUUGGUACCUGUCGAGACGCUUGUGCUGCAUCUGCUCGAUGCAAAGCGGUCGCUCUCUUCGGUACGGCUCGUCCUGCGCGCCAAUGAGCUCGUUCAUUCCGCCCGCCGCGCUCACGAGGAGUCCGCCAUCCUGUCUGCCCAGGCGCAGUUCCUCCGAAAGGGCAUCAACGAGCAAGGCCGACUGCUUAAUCGGGUCCGGAAGAGCCUGAUACGAACAUACGAGGAUGGCAAACGGGAGUUCAAGCAAGUCAUCAAGACCCUUGAUGCCACCAACAGCCGACUCGAGGAUACUAUGAACAUCCUACGAGGCCGCAUCAUAGAGGGUGCUUUUCGCCCAGCCGGCGAGGAGAAGCGCAAUCUCCUUGAUUUCGUGGACGAAUUGCAGGUCGACACUAUGGUCCAUGCUUUGAAGGAGAACAUCCAAGCGCUGCAGGCAACGCAGCAAUCGUUCGAUGGCGAUCUCCUACGCUUCGAAACCGACAUGCGCACCCUGACCAAGACGAUAUCUUCCGCCCCUUCUCCUCCGUCGCCAUCUGCUUCCUCCGACGACCGAUCAGUUCCGCAUCUGCUAUCCUCCCUGAUUGCAGACUCACACGCCAUGGCCGAACUACUCACGUCUCUAACAAAACAUUUCGAUCUUUGCGUCACUGCCGUCCGGACGACCGAAGGAGGAGCAGCAUUAGCUAGGAUCAAAGCUGCCGAGUUUACACAGUCUCAAGGGGGAGAAGAUGUAUCAAUCUCGGGCGUCAUUUCGGAACAGGAGUCACACAUGCCGGGCCUCGAACCAAUAUCACCCGAGGAUCGCGCCCAGAUGCUCGAAGUAGUCGUUCAAGACUCGUCCGAGGUCGAGGAUGUCGUGCGGGAGUUGAACGAACGCUUACAGUCGAUGGAGGCGGACUUCCAGAGUCUGGACGAGCAGACUAGCCAGGUUGGGUUGAUGUAUCUUUCCACGCUGGAGGCAUUCCAAGUACUGGAGGACAUCGGCUCGCGGCUACAGAACUACAUCGCAGCCGAAUCCGAGUUCCGGGAGAGGUGGGUAGAGGAACACCAAAUCAUACAGGAGAAGAUGGGCGAGAUGGAGGACCUGAGGGUCUUCUACGAAAACUAUGCCAGCUCCUACGAUGACUUGAUACUCGAAGUCGAACGACGGAAAACCUUAGAAGAGAAGAUCCAGAGUAUCUGGAAGAGAGCACAGGACAGCGUGCAGAAGAUCGUCGAGAGCGAUCGUCAAGAGAGGGAGUUCUUUCGCCACGAGGUGGCCGAAUAUCUACCUACUGAUCUGUGGCCCGGUAUGGACGAUGCUAUUCCGCAGUGGGAGGUCGUGUCGGUUCGAGACGACAAGGACAGGCACGACGGACUCGGUUGUAUACCGACGCUCGAAAGAAGCGUUGGGAAAGCUGCAGCAAUGCGUCUCGGUCGUGCUGCUAAUGAUCGGCAGUGA